UCCGCGUCGCAUCUCGCUUCGGAUUGACAACAUAAACAGGAGUGAAAGUGAAGUCGUAAACAUGCGUCGAUUAUCGAUCAGCUGAAGAGGGUUUGACCUGACAUGGACUGUUAAAGUUCCCUCAGUGCGGCAGCAGGAUGGAGGGGAUGGAGGAGAUGGAGGAGGACGCGCUGGAGCGGAUUGAGGAUGAUAAUCAUAACUGUCGAGCGGAGGGUGUGAGUGUGUGUUCACCUGCGCAGGUGUGUGUGGAUUCUGACUCCAGCAGCGACACCUGUGAGUCCGACAGCUCGGCCACAUCUGCGGCUAACGGCGCCGCACUCUUGCUCAACUCGACCUCCAAGUUCCUCUUGAACGCGAUGACAGCAGAAGAAUACAGGACGGUUUACUGGCCAAAACUAGAGAGAGCCAUUGAGCAUCUGCUCAAUCAAAGCCCGAUGGACCACAUCUCCAUCUCAUACGAACAGAUCUACAGUCACGUUUAUAAGUGCGUGUGCCAACAGCACUCAGAGCUGCUGUACAAUGACCUGAUGUGGAAGAUCACGUCUCAUCUAGAGCAAGUGUCUUCUAAGCUACAGGCCAGCCCACCGGAACAUUUAAUUGAAAACUUUAACCUGGCUCUGACGCAGUACACAGCCGCCCUGCACUGCAUCGUUCCCGUCUUCAUCUAUAUGAACAAGUUCUACAUUGAAACAAAGCUGAACCGAGACCUGCGGGACGAUCUCAUGAAGCUGUUCUCAGAUCAUGUAGCAGAGAAACACGUCGGCACAUUACUGCCUCUUCUUAAAAAGGCUCAUUCCAUGCCGUUUCAAGUCAAACCAUCAACUAUGGCGAGUGUUGUGAAAGGUCUUUAUGCCCUCCGGCCAGACUGGGUUCCUCUUGCUCCGGCUCUGUUUUCUAGAUUCAUUCCUCAGAUCGAACCUCCUGCUCUUGAAUCUCAGCUCCCGUAUUACGCGGCUCAAGACAAAAAGCUGCAAAUGGAUCUUUCUCAGAACGGUUUCUCCAGGGGCGAUCAGUCGCGGAAGCGAGCAAGUGAAGAAUCGUGACACCGAAGUGGAUUUUUACACUACUUCAGUGAGAAGACACAAACACGCCUGUGAUUUAGAAGCUCCCCGAUGCACUCGCCGACAAGCUGCUGCAAUUUAAGCCUCCGUAAUUCAUUAAAAAUCACUUCAACACAGACUUUAUCUGGUACAGAGACACUUCGUAUCUUCAUACAGUCCUUUGGGAAUUCUCAGUUAUUUCGAGAAUUCGCAAAAGCAUUAUAAAACUACACAAACAUGAGCAUCAUCUCUAUGGCCUUCAGUGUGUGUGUGCAGAGACACUUCGGUUUCUGGCCAGUUAGCAUUUGUAGUAACAGUUACACAGGAAUUGGAUUUGUGGGAAUGCCUCUUUUCUUUGAUCUGGAUUUGUUUCACAGAAUUCAUCAUAUUUCCAGGUUGAUUUUUCCCUUUCUCCUCAUUUUUCCUUACUUUGUCAUUCAGUGAAAUCAUCCGGUUUGCUGUGAUUUCAGAAAAGAUGGUUAUAGGCGUUUUAUUGUGUGUCCGGCUGCGGUAACGUGAUGUUGGAUCCAGAAUGUCUUACCAGGUGAUGAAUGAAGGUAUUCAAUUUCCAGAUUGUUACCCACUUACAUUUUUUAUUUUAGGGUCACUACUGUACUUUUUAAACACUUUUUAGUUGACGUGAUUACCAUUCUACCUAAUAAUAACGUGCCUUUGGCUAUUCGCCUUUCUUCAUUUUAGACUUUUUAAGUGAAGUGUAAAUGGAAAUCGAUCAUUUAUGACAACAACUGUUGAUUUUUUUUUUUUUUUUUUUU